AUGCAAAUACAUUUUAGUAUGCACUUUUUGUGGUUUAUAGUGGCUCGCAAGUACAAAAAAAAAAUUGUGUGCAGACCCUAUGGGAAUUAUGCGGAUUCCACAAUAGAAGAUGCCUUGGGAACCAUAGUUAAUGGCGAACUAUCAGUGUUGGCUGCUAGCAAACGUUAUAGUAUACCUUAUGGUACAUUAUAUAACCAUUUUCAUGGUAAACAUGUCAGAACAACUGGUGGUCAGACAGUGUUUAGUGAAGAUGAAGAGAAAAGUAUACUAAGUGCAGUGAUGAAAUGUGGUUAA